AUGUCGAUAAUAGUUCAGUGUCUUUCCAGAAUUGUGUAUAAUAUUUUGAGAAAAACAAUAGCCGCUCGUGAGCAAAUAAAGAUAAAGAACAAGAGAAUAAAAACAAAUAAUGAAAAAGACGACAAUGUUCGCCGAUGGCUGUGCGACUAUGAGACGGGAAUGUCAGAACUGAAAGCGAGGGAAGAGAAGUGGACUGUACCGGUUGCGCCAGUGCUGCAAAGUGGAAUUAUGAUGGGACCGAAUUGCGUAAAAUUCGACAGAAACUUUAAAGUUGACAAUAUUCUGUUGGCAAAUUACGUGAUGCCACCGUUUAGCGUUUCUCCGUUAGCACCGAUGAGUUGUUGA